AUGUGGUUUAUUCUCCUUUUAGGACUUAUUGGCAUUGUUGCUCUUGCUGUUCUCUACAUUAUUAUCAUUAACUCCCUUGUUGACUUCCAAAUAGACCGUAUUAAUCCACUAGAUAUCUGCAGUACUUUAGAUAAAUUUAUUAAUCCCCUUAAAUACGUUCACAUAUUCGUUGCAUUAACAUCAUUAGGAUGGAUCAAGGCUGCUUUUCCAAUUUUAAUAUAUCAUUUCUUAAUUGCUUUCCAUCUUUAUUAUACAACAAGAAAUCGCAGAUAUUUCGAACCCUUAACAAUCGUUCGCGAUUCAGAUAGCAAGAAGUACAAGUUAAUUGCAAUUUUAGUAGGAGUUGUGAUAUCUUUUGUUUAUUCAAUGGUCAUAAUCCUUUUAAGUCUUUUCGACUAA